AUCCGUCAGCUGUCAAUCGUGAACCGAUAGCAAAAUAACGCGAAGUGCGAACGAGCUAUUGCUAUCGAAAAAACGAGACUUAAUUAAUUCAAAUUAAGUUCAGCUGUAUUUAUUUAUCAACACAUUUGUAAAAUGAAGUAGAGCUUAACAUUGAUAAAACGUGGUUGCUAGUAAAGUGUAUAUUAUCCGUUAAUCGCUUCAAUGGCUUCUACUCCUAAACAAGUGAAUGGCAAUGCAUCGCCGAGCAACGGUCCUCUGGGAAAGCGCAAAAAAUCCAAAGGAAGUAAAAGUUCCUAUUUAUCGAAAUGGCUGGAUAAAACAAUGCAUCAUAUUCAGGAAUCCGCUCCAGAUGGAUAUGAUAAUCAACGACCGAAUUUAAAUUGGUCUAUGUGUCCAUCACCAAUUGUACCAGGAUACGAUUCCCAUCGCUUAAUGUACGGGUCGAAUGAACCGAUGUCCUUACCAACCUUGCCCAUGCACUACAACCCUAUGAUGCACCAUUAUCCGGAAUACAGGCCGCAGCAUUUUGAAAACAAGAGUAUUCAGGUGCAGCGACCUAGAAUACGCCGGCGGAGUAAAAAUAGAGCAGAAGAACUUUCUAGUAUGCCAGCAGAUGUAGCUAAUCAAAAUUACAUGCAACCAAAGAAUUUUUCUGAUAGCCAAGACUUUGCAAGCUUGCCACCCAUUGUUACAUCUACUGGGGACACAAAUUCAAAUAGUGAUUUGCUUAAUGAUAAAGAUGAUGGUAGUAAUAAUAGACGGUACAGUGAUCCUUGUAUGCGAGGUAUACAAGGUGGGGACGAACAAGCCAAUGGAGAGUCAGACUCUGAAUCUAGUUCUGGUGUGUCUGGAAGUCAGGUUGGAAGUAGACUUUUGUCAUACUUGCUUGAUCAGAUAACAUCAUUGAAAAUGGUUAAUGAAAGACUGAAUAAGGAAUUACAAGAAACAAGAGCUGAAUUGGAUAGUUAUCAACCUCAAAGUUUUUAUGCGAAAGGUGCAACAAAUAUGGCCGCUGGAGGUGGACAGUAUUCACCCGGAUAUCUCACAGAGCUGGUGCGAGAAGUAAGAGAUGCAACACGCAUCAGAGAGGAAGCUAUGUACGCGCGUCUGCGUACCUUGGUGCUAGAGAGAACUGAUAGCGGGUCAGGUUCAGCCACAUCAGAAUCAAAAGUUGCUGAAAGGAAUCUUGAAGAAAUCAAGGCAUCUCUGCGAGCGUCGGAAGCGGACAAGCGAUGCAUGAUGGAUCGUAUAAACAAAUUGGAAGAUGAAUUAAGAAUUCUAAGGGUGUCUAAUAGUUUGGAGGAUAAUAGAAUGUCAAAUGGUACUAGCGAAGACGACAGUGAAAGGGUGCGGCUGCGCAGAGAAGUUGCAGAGCUGCGCAAAUCGAAACAAAACGCCGAUGAUAACGUUCUCAAACUAGAACGUCUUGUCACACAGUUGCGGUCCAAAUUCAACGGCAUUAUGUCGAAUGGACCGGAAUCUAUCCCCAGCGAUCACGAUGAGAUGCGCACGCGCCGCCUAAGCGCUAACUCUACUUUCAUGUGCGGACCAGUUACGGAUUUGUAGCGAACGGAAAUCGGGCACUUUGCCGUCAAUAUUGUCGCGGAUUUUGUUCAAUCUGCCUAUUAUAGACUCUUGGCCAAGAAGUAAUAAUGUAUUGAAUAGAUCCAACACUUGGACUUGUUGGCAAAGAAGUGAUUUGAUCCUUGGAUGAUAGAAUGUUUAUAUGUUGAAGAAUCAUUAUGGCCUAGAAGUUCUAAGAUAGACUGUUUUAAGCCGAUUUAAUCCAAGAAGUAUCAAUACAUAGAAUAGAUCGCAUAGUUUGAACUGAUUGUCCACGAAGUAACAAUGUAUUGAAUAGAUCCAACACUUGGACUUGUUGGCAAAGAAUUCAUUUCAUCCUUGGAUGAUAGAAUGUUUAUAUGUUGAAAAAUCAUUAUGGCCUAGAAGUUCUAAGAUAGACUGUUUUAAGCCAAGAAGUAUCAAUGCAUAGAAUAGAUCGCAUAGUUUGAACUGAUUGUCCACGAAGUAACAAUGUAUUGAAUAGAUCCAAUGCUUGAGAACUAAUUGGCCAAGAAGUAAUUUGAUCGUUGGAUCGGAAUGUUUGUAUGUUGAAGGAUCAUUAUGGCCUAGAAAAUCUAGGAUAGACUGUUUUAAGCCAAGAAAUAAGAUUUAAGAUUUGAUCAUAUUUUAAUGGCCUGGGAUCAUGAAACACCUGCUUAAUAGAUUUUUUUGGAUUUAAUCAAAAGUUACUCUGACAUGGAGUUUGUUGAAUUGUGAUCGCUAUUCGUUUUAAGAUUAAGUGUUUUAGGAAUUGAUAAUAUUUCGUUUUUAUCACUUUUGGGAACGUGAUUUAUUGAAUUUUCUUACAUUCUCCUACUACUUUAAUUAACGUGUAACCCAUAGACUUUCUCCCUGUGCAUUCCAUAUUCGCACGAACGAUGAAGGAAAAUUACGUUAAGUAACCGACUUGCGUUGGUCCCGAAAAGCCCACGGCGUGUGUCAUGUACAGGGCUACCUACUUGCCAAUUAGAUUGACAAAUUAUCAUAAAAUAGAUAAAUCACUUUUUUCUUUCUUUUUUUUGUAUCUGUACGCAACUUAAUUUAUACUGUUGCGUAAAUUUUAGCACCUCGUUCGGGUAAUUUGUCAGCCUACAAUGCUAUUUGUUAAGGCAUUAUGCGUAUAGUUUAAGAGCUAACAAAACUCAAGUACUGUAUAAAAAAUGUCAAAAUUGCUUAAAAUCUUGUCUUUCAAAAGUGUCUUUUCUGCGAGUUUAAUUAAAAUAACACAAAAUAGAUCUUGCUUCUAAAGCAAUAAUCGAACAUGACAUUUUUUUUGUUAUUUUCUUUACGAUAUUUUUAAAUUUUCAAUUAUUACUUGUAAUGUUUAAAACUGUCCGCCCGUGCGUGUUUUAGCAAUGGUCUUACUUAACCACCUUACAUGACAUCUAAUUAGUGACCAUGCGUUUGAAUUGUUAUUUCAAAUACAACUAAAGCCUACCAACUCUAAAGCUAUAGUUUAUAUCAACGCCGCACGGUAUGUUGAUAUUUGCAAUUUUCAAGCAAUUGCCUUUGACACCUUGUCCGAUGUUUGCAAUGCCGCUAUGACCUUUGUCAAUGUUUUCUUAAGGUCCAUGUUCUAUUGACCAUGGUACCUUAAGAUCGUGUCGGAUCUGUGGUAACUAUGACGCCUAUUGUUUAAAUUAGUUGAAAUAUUGUUCAAAGAUUUUUUCAAGUCUCUUGGCGAAAGAGCGUCUCUCGAAAUGGUAAGCCGACAUCCUUGGGUGAUUGGAGAAUUAUUUUGUAAAAUGUAUACUUCUUCAUGUCAUCACAGAAAGAUGAAUAUAUACUCAAACCCUUAUAAUUGAAUAAUUACAAAUAAAUGUAUUCUUAAAAGAUUGAUCGACAAUGAUCGGCUCACUAAAAUCUACUUAAUUGAUAAGUUUUCUGUUCGCGUUCCCAAAGUGAUAAUUGAUUGAUUGCUUUACACUUACGUCAUACUAGUUGGUACGUAUACGAAUACGGCCUGUCAUGUGAUAGUUAUACAAUAUGUAGGAAACCUCUUCGAUAACUUUAAUUAUUUUUGUAUGUAGAAAAUUUAAGACUUGCGUGUAACUAGGAUUCGAUCUUUUGGCCCUUUAUAUUUAACAAAUUUUGAUGAGAUUCAGAGUCUAAACUAAGUAAGAUUCAAAAACAUAUUUGACAUAUGACAAUCAUACAUAUCGCUGAGUCAUGACUUGCAGAUUUAGAGUAUUUUAUGAUUACACGAGAUGCGACCACUGGAAACUGUUUGUCCGAACCCAUUCUUAUAACCGUAUUACUGUGUUUAAUUAUAAAUUUAAUUGGCAUAAAUACGCAUUCAUUUGUGAAAUUUCAAACAAUUUUUUCAUACAAAAAUGUAUUGUAAUAGUAUUUUUCUAUUACGUUCAAUUCUACGCUUGUAAAUUAAACAGUUUAAGACUUACCCCUUAUUGUAAUAAAUCAAUAUAAUUUAAAAUGUUCUCUGCGCCUUUCUGUCACAGCCUGAACACAAUUUGAUAGAAAGAGACGAUAGAUAACUAAAAAGUUAAUGAAUAUAAAGCUGAGGCUCAAAUAAUAGCGGAAUUUGCUCUCUAGUAUGUAUAGAUAGUGGUGCUUAAUUUGAUGUACUGCCUUAUUAUACAACGUGGAUACCCUGCGUUGCAAUGGUUACCAUGGCAACGCUACGUUUUAUAAUAAGAGGUAAUGUUUUUAAUUGGUAAAUGUAUAUACAAUAACAUGGCAAUAGAAACUUGAUGAUCAAUAUUAUUUCUAUAUUUUUGGAUCCAAAGCUUUGAUAUAAUGUAAGCUCUGGAACAAUUCUUUAACCUGUGUUGACUCGUACAUAAUAAUUAUCAUGUAUAAUUAAUAAUUGUAUUAUAUAUGAAGCAAUAUACUCGUUCCUAAAUAAUCAUGCAUAGGCUAAGGAAUCCAAUGUAGAUACGAAACAUUUUAAAUUUAUAUCAUCGCUACAAUAUCGCGUUGGAGAACGGCGCAUUAAAACUAAAUCAGCAUUAACUAAUGUUACUUUUUCUGUCAAAUUCUUUAUUUUGAUGAAAAAAUGAGCGCUGGAGAUAAAACAGUUAAUCGACUGAUUUAGAUUUGAGGCUAAUAAUAUUUCUGCGCAUCUCUUGCCGAACAAUGAAGACGAUCACUUCAAAACUAACCCUUAUGUUAAAGGAACUUUGUUUUGAGGUGGUGCUAAACAAAUAACUCUUUCGCAUCUCAAAUACAGUGCCACCAACUUUUGCAAAUUAAAUUUAAUCGGUCAAAUAAAAGCAUUUGGUGAAAUAGUAUAAAGAUUUUCAUCAAAGUGUAUGUAGACAUAAACUUGUCUAUAGAUUUAUAUGACACACGUUACUAUACCUUGUGGUUAACAUAGAUAAAGUGACAUUUGACAAUUUACCCGAAACCGGGCUUGUCAAUGUCAACAGUUUUUUGAAAUUAAUUGCCGCCUGUAGAACGGUAUGUAUUGUGAAGUCAUUUUUGUUUUGGGUAACUGCGUAGAUUAAAUUCAAUCCAUCAAUUCUAUCCUCACCGUGUCAAGACUUAGAACGCGACAAUGGCGGAAUUAUGAAUUUACACAGAAGUCGCCAUUAAAAAUAAAGUGAAGUGAAGUGUACGUUUUACAAGUUGGUGGCAUUGUAACCGUUUUAUACUAACCACCGAAAAGAUAUUCAUAAUAGAUAUAAGUGACAUACCAAAUGUAGUAAUAGUUAUGUAAGAAACACGAAUUAUCAAAUUUAUAAUGCUCAAAUUAGGUACUUAUUUUGCACAACUUAGCAUUACGAUGUAAACGCUUACUGUGCGUAUCGAAAUGCAAUUAGUGCCAAAUUAUAUUCACUGUUGUCACUGUCACGCUAAACUUAAUUUUUAAAUACCAUUGACAAUGGCCGAAGAAAAAAGUAUUUUCUUUAUAUGUAUCUACUGUCAUGUAAACCCUUAAAAGACGACUAACGCAAUUGAUGCAACAGCGAAUAUAAAUUUGGUAGUCUGUUGAAUUUUUUGACAAUUCGUGUUUAGCUUUUUCACAUAGAGAAUAGACGUGGUGCCUUAUAUGAAAAUAUUGUCCGCCCUAAUGUUGUAUUAUCUAUUGUUGUGCCAUUCUUUUUAUUUAUUGAUUCCGCUUCGUUAUUUAAAUUAUUAUAAUUUAUAAUAUUUGCCACGAUUGCUAAUUUAAUACUCACUAUUGAUUUGUUUGCUUUAAUAAAUGAUAAUAAUUAA